AUUUCUAUAUGGAGCUUGAGGACUGGGGCUCCCUCUCAGCUUUGACAGCCAAACUUGUUCUGGCUCUUUCCUCAGCAUCUUGAGCUUGUGGCUCCUAACUUGGAUAUUUUCACCCACAAGGGAGCAACAAAAAAAAGCACCACUGAGGCAAAAAUUAAUAACUGGAAAAUAAGUUCAGCUUCUAUUGGGACAAGGUUUUACUUCAACAGAUAUGAUCAAGUUGGCCGUUCAUCUAUGUGUUUGUCUGAAUGUCAUCUCAGUAUCAUCCGAUGACAUGUACGAGGACAACUCUGUCUUUGAUGUGCUGAGUGUGAACAUCCCCCUAGAGGACCCGCAGCAACCUCCACUUGGAGGGUCACUGGUACUUCCAUGCUACUUUGAGGACCACACAGUUCCAGACAUAGGUGCUCCCACCAUCACCCCCCUUGCUCAUCGCAUCAAAUGGAGCCUCAUCACCAGAGACAAGGUCUCCACCAUUUUAGUUGCCCUUGAGGGAGAAGUACGGGUCAGCAAGAGCUACUUGGGCAGGGUUCAACUGGUGGGUUACCCUUUGACCCCGACAGAUGCUAGUAUUCAAAUAUCCGGGCUAAUGUCAAACGACUCAGGAUUCUUCCGCUGUGAGGUUCAGCACGAUAUUGACGACAGCCAUGAUGAGGUCCACGUUAAGGUACAAGGUGUUGUUUUUCACUACCGAUCCAUGAUGGGUCGCUACACAUUGACGUUUGAGAAGGCGAGAGAGGCGUGCACAGAGAACAGUGCGGUCAUGGCUUCACCUGAACAACUACACGCAGCUUUUUAUGAUGGAUUCCACCAGUGUGACGCUGGCUGGCUUUCUGAUCAGACAGUGAGGUACCCGAUUCACGACCCUCGUGUCAAUUGCUACGGCGAUAAGCAGAAUCUGCCCGGGGUCAGGACAUAUGGAUUGAGACAGCUCAAUGAGACCUAUGACGUUUACUGCUUUAUUGAGAAAAUGACAGGCAGAGUAUUCCAUGCCACGUUAGCAGAAAAGUUCACUUUCCCUGAGGCCAUGCUGGCAUGCUCUCAAAAGGGAGCCGAGCUGGCCACCACCGGUCAGCUGCACUUGGCCUGGCAGGGUGGGAUGGAUGUUUGCAACGCUGGCUGGUUGGCUGACAGAAGCGUCCGCUACCCCGUCAGCAUCCGGAGGUCUCAGUGUGGCGGGGGUCUUCUGGGAGUGCGAACGGUGUACCUCCACACAAAUCGUACAGGAUUUCCACCUCCUGAGUCCUACUAUGAUGUCUUCUGCUACACAGAGUUCCUAGAUGAUGAAGGUUCAGGAAUAGUAGACGAAGGCAACGGCGUGUUGAGCGUUGUCCCAGUGAUGCAGAGCCAAGAGGUUUUCUUCGCCGAGACCUCAAGAGAGAGUGAGGUUGUUGGAGAGGUGGAGACCCAGCAACCCACUGAAGUAGACCUCACCUACACACUCAGUCCUAUGGAGCUAACACCACCUAAAGUCACUGAACUACCUACCGAUCUCAUAGAGCAAGUCGCCCACCAAUCCAACCUAGGCAAAGAGUCCAGCAAAGUGGUUGUGACACCUCAAAUUGGUGUGGUCUUUCAUUACCGUUCAUUGUCUGGCCGCUACGCCUUCACCUUUGUUGAUGCCCAGUUGGCCUGUCAGAGUGCUAGUGCCUCCAUUGCUACACCUGAGCAGCUGCAGGCCGCAUAUGAAGCCGGAUAUCACCAGUGUGAAGCCGGAUGGUUAAUGGACCAGACAGUCAGGUUUCCCAUUGUUUCACCACAAGAAAAGUGUGCAGGAGAUUUGGGAGAUCAACCAGGAGUUCGGUCUUAUGGUCUGAGGCCAGCAGAUGAACUGUACGAUGUGUAUUGCUACAUCGAUAAGCUCAAAGGUCAGGUUUUCCAUUUAGAGUCUGCUGGUGGUUUUACUUACGAUGAGGCUGCAACUCAGUGUCUUGAGCACAACGCCAGCCUGGCCUCAGCAGGAGAGCUCUAUGCAGCCUGGAAACUGGGUUUUGACAAGUGCGAUGCAGGCUGGCUUAGUGAUCGAAGUGUCCGUUAUGCCGUCAAUAAGCCGUCUCCUGAGCGUGGGGCAGGCAAGUCAGGAGUUCACACCGUCUAUGCCCAUCCCAACAGGACAGGCUACCAUGAUAUUAACGUCAGAUUUGAUGCAUAUUGUUUCAAAGUAGACAUUCAACUAAGUGCAAAUGAAACUGGACCGAACAUCACCGACAUCCAGGAGGCCAUUCUAAACUUAACGUCCAUCACAGAUUUUCUGAGACGUGUUAUCCCACCUAUCCGUGUGGAAUCUUCAGGCUCUGGUUCAGGUUCAUCAAACUUUGGAUCAGAUUAUUUGGUUGAGAAUACCUCAGGAGACCUCUCUGGCUCUGGGCUUGGAUACAAAAACAAUGAUAUCUCUAGAGACCUCUCAGGAUCUGGAGCCUAUUUGACCACAGGACAGCUGUCUGGAUUGAGUUCUCGAGACCACAUUAUCUCCAAAGAACUGAAUGGGCCUGGAAGCGUUUCUGGUUCUGGGGAACAACUGACCCCUGGAGAGCUGUCUCGAUUGGGUUCUGGAGAGCAGAUUAUCUCCAAAGAACUUUCUGGCUUUAGAAGCCUGUCUGGUUCUGAAGACCAACUGACCCCAGGAAAGCUGUCUGAAUUGGGUUCCGGAAAGCAGGUUAUCUCUAAAAAACUGUCUAGCUCUGGAAAUCUGUCUGGUUCUGGAAAUCAACUAACCUCUGGAGAGCUGUCUGGAUUGAGUUCUCGAGACCACAUUAUCUCCAAAGAACUGAAUGGGCCUGGAAGCGUUUCUGGUUCUGGGGAACAACUGACCCCUGGAGAGCUGUCUCGAUUGGGUUCUGGAGAGCAGAUUAUCUCCAAAGAACUUUCUGGCUUUAGAAGCCUGUCUGGUUCUGAAGACCAACUGACCCCAGGAAAGCUGUCUGAAUUGGGUUCCGGAAAGCAGGUUAUCUCUAAAAAACUGUCUAGCUCUGGAAAUCUGUCUGGUUCUGGAAAUCAACUAACCUCUGGAGAGCUGUCUGGAUUGAGUUCUCGAGACCACAUUAUCUCCAAAGAACUGAAUGGGCCUGGAAGCGUUUCUGGUUCUGGGGAACAACUGACCCCUGGAGAGCUGUCUCGAUUGGGUUCUGGAGAGCAGAUUAUCUCCAAAGAACUUUCUGGCUUUAGAAGCCUGUCUGGUUCUGAAGACCAACUGACCCCAGGAAAGCUGUCUGAAUUGGGUUCCGGAAAGCAGAUUAUCUCCAAAAAACUGUCUAGCUCUGGAAAUCUGUCUGGUUCUGGAAAUCAACUAACCUCUGGAGAGCUGUCUAGAUUGGGUCCUGGAGAAAAGAUUCCCUCCAAAGACCGGUCUGGCUCUGGAAGGCUGGCAGGUCCUGGAAACCAACUGGCUUCAGGAGACUGGGGGAUCUCUGGGGACCUGUCAGGUUCUGGUGACCAGGUUGUUUCUGAAAGCCUGUCUGUCUCUGGGGACCAGCUUAUCUCCGGAGACUUUUCGAGCACUAGUGACCAGUAUGGCUUUGGAGAUAGUACAGGUGAUGUCCUUCCCUAUGGUACACUAGAUCUUAAUGAUGCUGUUUUUUCUGUAUCAGGGAUCAGUGGAGAACCAACAAUUUCUGAUGUCUCUGUUUCCAACAGUGAUGCGAUUCUACCCAGAGAAAACUCAGUUUCAGAAGAUUUUCAAAAACCAGAAGAGGCAGGCACAGAAAUUUUUAUGUUACCUUCCUUUGAAAUAGUUUCAGGCGCACUGAGUGGUGGUGGUGGUGACCUAUCUGGAACGGCGACUGGACAUGGUUUCAGUUCUGCAGAGAGUAGUUCAACAAUUGAAUUUUCAGGGGAGAAUGGGCAGUCCUAUGGAAUGGAAUCUGUUGUUAUUAACAGUCUUGACUCAUCUGUUUUCAGUGGUUUCUCAGGAUUUUCGUCUUCAGGAAGUGCUAGUGCAGGAGGUGUUCAUGAAGCCGGAGUUGCUCAGAUCUUGUUCCUAGAGAACAAAUUCAUUGAUGCAUUUACCCCUAUUACCCAAAACAAGCAUGAAUUGGGAGGGGGACUGCUGGUGGUCAGUGGUUCUGAGGACAGUUCUAGAAUGAUUAGUAAAGAUCAAAGUCCAACUGCUGGAAGUGGUUCUAGAGUGGAUGUGACUUUUAAUGGGUCAGAGCCCAUUGACCUAACCCAGACACCAUCUGGGAAUAAGGAGGCUUCUGGGUUUUUACUCUACAACUCUGGAGAGGGCAGUAUAAGGCAUAUGUCAGGAGUUAGCGGCUUAGAUCUCAGUUCUGGGUCUAGAGUGUCUGGGGAAGGAGGCAGUGUUACAUUUUUAAAUGAAGAUGUUGAAACAGCGGUAUCUAGAAAUGUUUUGAUGUCUCCAGAGAGUAAACAAGAGGCAGUAGAGUACAGUGGGACAGAGAUCCACAACAGUGGCAGUGGCUUAGUCACAAAGAGUGGAGAUGCCACCUUGUCAGGUACUGAAGAGUCAUCCCAGGUGCUACCAACCCUAUCCACACAGUAUGGAUUAUUCAAGACUGUCACACCCACACACUAUCGGGCUCUACCUUCUAAAAUUGAUCUGGCCUUACUUCCUGAUCCCCCAACUGUAGUAACACCUGUUAAGGGUCAGGAGGAUGCAGACAACAUAGUAGGGGACCCAAAUCCAUGUAAAUCAAACCCCUGUGGUGAUUCCUUGUGCACAGCUGAAAAUGGGUUUGCUGUUUGCCAGGAGUUAGAUGUCUGCCACUCUGAUCCUUGUGCCAAUGGAGCCACCUGUGUGGAGAGUGCCGACUCUUACAAAUGCUUAUGCCUGCCGAGCUACGGAGGGGAGCACUGUGAAAUUGAUGAGCAGCUGUGUGGUGAAGGUUGGAUUAAGUUUCAGGGUAAUUGCUACCUGCACUUCACUGAUAGGAAGACGUGGUCGGAUGCGGAGCAAGACUGCCGGGACCUGAAUGCACAUCUGGUCAGCAUCAUAACACCAGAGGAGCAACACUUUGUCAACUCAAAUGCACAGGACUACCAAUGGAUCGGGCUGAAUGACAAAACAGUGGAAAAUGACUUCCGCUGGACUGAUGGUACUCCGCUGCAAUAUGAGAACUGGAAGCCAAACCAGCCAGAUAGUUACGUUCACUCUGGAGAAGACUGUGCGGUGAUGAUCUGGCAUGCCACAGGCCAGUGGAAUGAUGUACCUUGCAACUACCAUCUACCAUUCACCUGCAAGAAAGGCCCUGCCUCAUGUGGUGCCCCACCGGAAGUGAAACAUGCCCUUAUGUUUGGGAACAGAAGGGAGGAAUAUCCUGUCAACUCAAUCAUCCGUUAUCAGUGCAACCCAGGAUUUAGACAGCGCUAUCCGCCAGUGGUUCGCUGUAAGGCAGAUGGACAUUGGGAGGAGCCCCAGGUGAAAUGUAGUCAGGUGAAAGCCAGGCAAAGAAUUCACGGAAGGAGUCCAAAAAUCUAUUAAAAGAAAAAAAAAAACAGAAGAGAUUAAUAUUUUAACUGAAUACAUAUAACACACAGAAAUUAUUAUGUGGCACAGUUUUAAUACAAUAUAUGUUUCCAAUGUGUACCGUAUUUUUCGGACAAUAAGUCACAGUUUUUUUCAUA